GGAGAACAUGGCACUUCCGCUCGCGAGCUGAUUUUAAUGGCCUGUGUGUUGCUGCUGGGGUGAGAGAAUGGAGUGAAUGAGGGAGGGACGGACGGAUCGUAUCCUUCUGGAUCUCGUUACGAUGCUUCAAUCACCGAAACCUUCGUCCGCCUGCUCUACGCUGCUUCCACUCGACACUUAAACAAGCUGCAAGUCCUCUCUGUGCCGCUGUCCGUGUCACAAGUCCACGAUUGCUGAUCUGAACCAGAGCUCUAUUGAAUCCUCCCAUGCGGUUGUGCCAGGCGAUGACUGUGAUGCAGCUAUGCAUGUUCCUUGGAGGAUUUUGACUCUAACCUUCACCUGAUGACAGGACCUUGGACGUGUGAUUUGUCACCACUUUACUGCGUCAGUCCCUGUAAACCCUUUACUACAGUCAGUCAUGACUGACGCCGCUGACUAACACAAACGUAGCACUGGUAGGGAGUACUCCCCCUUUUUUUUCUUCUUUUUUUUUAACUUCCAUCAGAAGACUGCUGUGUUGACUGUAAGAAUGACAAACUGAGUCGGGAGAGAAAUUGAAAAGCGAGUUAAACUGAAGGGGCUGAAGUGCUUGUGUCGGUGACAGAAACCUAGAGCCAUCCUGUGAGUAGGUUGGCAGCAAGUGAGGCAGCCAGGUCCUGAGGAUGACUAGCCUCUUCAGGCGCAGCAGCAGUAAUGGAGGCUCCAGAAAUGGCAGCAGUGGCAGCGGGGGAGGGAGUGGACAGGGGCAGCUUAAUAACAGCAGAACCAACCGUCAGGUCCGACGCCUGGAGUUCAACCAGGCCAUGGAGGACUUCAAGACCAUGUUCCCCUCUAUGGACUAUGAGGUGAUCGAGUGCGUGCUACGCUCCAACAACGGCGCUGUGGAUGCCACCAUCGACCAACUCCUCCAGAUGAGCAUUGACGGACAGGGCUCAGAUGACAGCUCAGAUUCAGAUGACAGCAUACCACCAGAGAUUCUGGAACGGACAUUGGAACCCGACAGUUCAGAUGAGGAACCACCUCCAGUCUACUCGCCACCAACGUAUGAUAUGCACAUUUACGACAGGAAAUACCCAGAAACCCCACCAACGCCCCCACCAAGAUUUGAAGUCCAGCCACCUCCCGGUCACCAGCAGGUCAGAAGCUACAGGAACUGGAAUCCUCCCAUGCUUGGAAAUCUCCCUGAUGAUUUUCUGCGGAUUCUUCCUCAGCAGUUAAACACUACAACGAGCUCUCAGAGCAGUCUCUCCCAGCCUUUGUCAUCCUCUUCUUCCUCAGUCUCCUCCAUAAGCCAGUGGACAGGCCAGCCUGGUUCUCGAUCUGGAGCUGCAGGGACCUCUGGAGGUUCUGGCUCAGCAACAGGAGGCACGGAGCAAGACAAGAAACUGAAGCAGUACCUGGAGGACGAGCGCAUCGCCCUGUUCCUCCAGAAUGAGGAGUUUAUGAAGGAGCUGCAGCGCAACCGCGAGUUCCUCAUCGCCUUAGAGAGAGAUCGCUUGAAGUAUGAAUCAAAGAAAUCAAAGUCCAGUCAUUCAUCUAGCAUGGAGAGUUCCACAGGAGAACAGUGCUCUGCAGCUUCUAUGGAGGCCAUCUCAGAUGACGCCCUGUUCAGAGACAAACUCAAACACAUGGGCAAAUCAACGAGGAAGAAACUCUUUGAAAUUGCCAGGACGUUCUCAGAAAAGACAAAGAGGAGAAAGACGAAAAGGAGGACGCUCCUGAAACACCAGUCGUUGGGCACAGCCAACUCUACAGCCAAUCUCCUGGAUGAUGUGGAGGCAAACCCCUGUGAGGAAGGCGCUCAGACGAGGAGAGCAAACACUCAGGAAGAGAAUGAACAACGUAAAGAGCCAAUAUCAUGAUCCCUUCCCCGCUGCACCAUAUCAGGGUUACCAUGGUGAAGGCAGCGUGACCCAUGGGUGGUGGCCUUGCAACUGUUUCCACCUUUAUCUAUACCAGCCAAUAUCGGGCUCAGCAGUGAGUUGAGACCCUCCUCCUCCUCCUCCUCCUCCUCCUGGGUGGUUCCCUUCACUGGGCUGACUGUCUUUAACUGUCCUAUCUGUAUUAUAAUACUUUGAUAUUUACUUUUAGCUGUAGAGGAGAAAUGCAUUAGUUUGACUAGUAUGUGUUUAACUCACGGAGAGGAACACUAGCAUAUCGUCAUGAUCCUGCCAUGUGAGCGUUUGUUACUGAUCCAGCUGUGUCCAGUAGCAGACUGUGUUUGUAAGCUGCCUCCCUCAGGCUGGGCAUUUCAAAGUGUGCACAUUCCCCUUUUUAUAUAUACACUAAACCAUGUAGCGCUUUAUUGUUUCUAUUAUUAUUAUUUUAACCAUGUUUUCUUACGCAGUUUGUGUUUGCGUCUCUGAACAUCAGAGUUUAUUUCAGUGUCACAACACAGCGGUCAUUC